GGGCGCAGCCCGGGUUGAUCGCGUGCCGGGUGUCAUGGCGGCCUGCAGGCAUUGCUGCUCGUGCCUCCGGCUCCGGCCCCUGGGUGAUGGUCCCCUCCGUCUGCCAGGCCGGGAUCGGGCGCUCACCCAGAUGCAGGUGCGAGCACUAUGGGGUGGCGCGGGGUCUCGAGCCGUGGCCGUGGACUUAGGCAGCAGAAAAUUAGAAAUAUCCUCUGGAAAACUGGCCAGAUUUGCAGAUGGCUCUGCUGUAGUACAGUCAGGUGACACUGCGGUGAUGGUCACAGCAGUCAGUAAAACAAAACCUUCACCUUCCCAGUUCUUGCCUUUGGUGGUUGACUAUAGACAGAAGGCUGCUGCAGCAGGUAGAAUUCCCACAAACUAUCUUAGAAGAGAGAUUGGUUCUUCUGAUAAAGAAAUUCUUACAAGUCGAGUAAUAGAUCGUUCAAUUAGACCUCUCUUUCCAGCUGGCUACUUUUAUGAUACACAGGUCCUUUGUAAUCUGUUAGCAGUAGAUGGUGUUAAUGAACCUGAUGUCCUAGCAAUUAAUGGUGCUUCUGUAGCCCUCUCAUUAUCAGAUAUUCCUUGGAAUGGACCUGUUGGGGCAGUACGAAUAGGAAUGAUUGAUGGAGAAUGUGUUGUUAACCCAACACGAAAAGAAAUGUCUUCCAGUACUUUAAAUUUAGUGGUUGCUGGAGCACCUAAAAGUCAGAUUGUCAUGUUGGAAGCCUCUGCAGAGAACAUUUUACAGCAGGACUUUUGCCAUGCUAUCAAAGUGGGAGUAAAAUAUACACAACAAAUAAUACAGGGCAUCCAGCAAUUGGUAAAAGAAAUUGGUGUUACCAAGAGGACACCUCAGAAGUUAUUUAUCCCUUCGCCAGAGAUUGUGAAACACACUCAUAAACUCGCCAUGGAAAGACUCUAUGCAGUUUUUACGGAUUAUGAACAUGAUAAAAUUUCCAGAGAUGAAGCUGUUAACAAGAUAAGAUUAGAUACAGAGGAACAACUAAAAGAAAAAUUUCCAGAGGUUGAUCCAUAUGAAAUAAUAGAAUCCUUCAACGUUGUCUCGAAGGAGGUUUUUAGAAGUAUUAUUUUGAAUGAAUACAAAAGGUGUGAUGGUCGAGAUUUAACUUCACUUAGGAACAUAAAUUGUGAGGUAGAUAUGUUUAAAAUUCUUCAUGGAUCAGCAUUAUUUCAAAGGGGACAAACACAGGUGCUUUGUACCGUUACAUUUGAUUCAUUAGAAUCCAGUAUUAAGUCAGACCGAAUAAUAACAGCUAUAAAUGGAGUAAAUGAUAAAAACUUUAUGCUGCACUAUGAGUUUCCUCCUUACGCAACAAAUGAAAUUGGCAAAGUCACUGGUGUAAACAGAAGAGAACUUGGGCAUGGUGCUCUUGCCGAGAAAGCUUUGUAUCCUGUUAUUCCCAAAGAUUUUCCUUUCACCAUAAGAGUCACAUCUGAAGUCCUAGAGUCAAAUGGAUCAUCUUCUAUGGCAUCUGCAUGUGGCGGAAGUUUAGCAUUAAUGGAUGCAGGGGUUCCAAUUUCAACUGCUGUUGCAGGUGUGGCAAUAGGAUUGGUCACCAAAAACAAUCCUGACAAGGGUGAAAUAGAAGAUUAUCGUUUGCUGACAGAUAUUCUGGGAAUUGAAGAUUACAAUGGUGACAUGGAUUUCAAAAUAGCUGGCACUAAUAAGGGAAUAACUGCAUUACAGGCUGAUAUUAAAUUACCUGGAAUACCAAUAAAAAUUGUAAUGGAGGCCAUUCAACAAGCCUCAGUGGCAAAGAAGGAGAUACUACAGAUUAUGAACAAAACUAUUUCAAAACCUCGAGCAUCUAGAAAAGAAAAUGGACCUCUUGUAGAAACCAUUCAGGUUCCAUUAUCAAAACGAGCAAAAUUUGUUGGACCAGGUGGAUAUCAUUUAAAAAAACUUCAGGCUGAAACAGGUGUAACUAUUAGUCAGGUGGAUGAAGAAACAUUUUCUGUAUUUGCACCAACACCCAGUGCUAUGCAUGAAGCAAGAGACUUCAUUACUGAAAUCUGCAAAGAUGAUCAAGAACAGCAAUUAGAAUUUGGAGCAGUAUAUACCGCUACAAUAACUGAAAUCAGAGAUGCUGGAGUAAUGGUUAAACUAUAUCCUAAUAUGACUGCAGUACUACUUCAUAACACACAACUUGAUCAACGAAAGAUUAAACAUCCCACUGCCCUAGGAUUAGAAGUUGGCCAAGAAAUUCAGGUGAAAUACUUCGGGCGUGAUCCGGCUGAUGGAAGAAUGAGGCUUUCUCGUAAAGUGCUCCAGUCUCCAGCUACAACUGUUGUCAAAACUCUAAACGACAGAAGUAGUAUUAUAAUGGGAGAAUCUAUUUCACAGUCAUCAUCUAAUUCUUCUCGGUGAUUUUUUUUAAAGAGAAUUCUAGAGUGAUAGUCUGUAGAGGAAAAUUUCAGUAAUAUCUUCUAAUUGUAGAUUUAUAUAUAGUAUAAAUAUAUUCUAAUGAUUUGUAUUAAAAUGUUUAUUUUA